AUGCGUGGCGCGGGCUCCACGUGCUGCGCGCCCGCAGUGGAGUGCGCCACCGUCGACGCCUUCCUCGCGCAUGACGUCACCUCGCCCAAGCCCGACCUCGUGCCGGCCUCGCUGCCCGCGCCCGUGCCGAGGUCCGCGGGCGCGCUCUUCGCGGAGGAGGCUCUGCCCGGCGAGGCGGGGGAUGACGAUGCGCUGGUGGCGCGCGAGGAUGACGGCAAUGGCUGCUGUUGCCACACGGACGCCGCCAUUGGAGCGUUGCGUCAUCGGCUACGGCAGCAGCGCGACGGGCUGUCGUUAACGUCGCGUCCGCUUCUCACGCUGCGCUACUUCGCCCUCGCCGUCUCCGAGCAGCUCGCCGCCACCGCCGCCGCCAUCCGCGGGUCGCGGGCCAUGUGCGGCGCGCUGAUGGCGGCGGGGUGGGUGCUGGCGCUCAUGGUGGCGCUGGACCGCGCCGACAACCAGGUAGUGCACGAGGCUCUCGCGUACCUUCGCUUCGCCGUGUGGUGGAUCUGCCUCGGCGUCGCAUCGUCCAUCGGCUUUGGCUCGGGGCUGCACACGUUUGUGCUGUACCUGUCGCCGCACCUCGCGCGCUUCACGCUCAAGGCCACGGCGUGCGGGCGCCCCGACAUCAAGCGCGCGCCCUACGACACCGCGCAGUGGGCGUCCGCCGCCUCCUGGUCCGCGCGCCACUGCUCCGCGCUGGGCCCGCCGCUCUUCCCCCACGUGCCCUCCGCGCACGGUGGCUUCCACGCCGUGCCGCUGGCGCUGCUGCUGCGCGCCGUGCUGCCCGAGGUGCUGCUGUGGGGCGCCGGCACCGCCCUGGGGGAACUCCCGCCCUUCCUCGUCGCGCGCGCAGCGCGUGUGUCCGGGGAGAGCAUCAGGAGCCUGGAGGGGCGCGCGGAGGACGAGCAGGGCGCGGAGGGCGAGGGCGAGCAGCACGACUCGUGGCUGCACCGCCUGUUCCUGCGCUUCCUGCCGCCCGGCCACCGCUUCGGCUUUGGCACCAUCUUCCUGCUCGCCGCUGUGCCGAACCCCAUAUUUGACCUGGCGGGCAUCACGUGUGGGCACCUGCUCAUCCCGUGCUGGAAGUUCCUCCUCGCCACGCUGCUCGGCAAGGGCAUUGUCAAGACAACGCUGCAGGCCUUGGCGGUGGUGUUUCUGAGCCACGAGCACUCGGUGGACGUCAUGGAGGCGCUGCUCGACCGCCUGCUCACGCACCUGCCCUUCCUCUCCGCGCUGCUGCCGCCGCUGCUCACAGCGCUCGACACCGCCAAGCAGCGCCUGGCCCAUGGCGAUGCUGUGGUGGUGGCAUCAUCUGCGGUGUCGGUGGGCACGGUGUGGUCGGGAGUGGUGGCGCUCAUGAUCCUCUCCUUCCUCGCCUCUGUCGUCACCACCACAGCACGCUCCCACCUGCUGCACUGCCACGCGCGCCAACUGCUGCACGCCCAGCACCACCACCGCCAUCCCCUCUGCUCCCUGCACGGCACCGCAGCACAGGCAGCAGGCAGUGGGGAGGAGGAAGAAAGCCGGGAGGGGGCGGAGGGAGGCACAGAAGUUGGGGGUGUGGGGGAGGUGCCACUUGGGCGGAUGCUGUCAGGCAGUGAGAGUGAGUCGGGGGAUGAGAGCCAAGCCUUUCUUACCUGA